CAGACCUUUAACCCAUCAGAGGUCACAGAUUGAAAGAGGGAGAGAGUGAUGAAGACCAGUGAUUUCAUUCUCAUAUUUAUAUGCAUCCCUGCAACCCUGAGUACCAAUGACAAUCUUCCAAACUGUAAAGAUGCUCUUGAAGAUUGUCUUCGCAAAGAAGUGGCAUGGACCAGGUGUUAUGAGGAUAGAAUUACAAGGUGCACUGUAAAGGCCAGAAUGCCCAUCCCAAACUUCUACAGAUGGUCUGUCAACUCAUCUAACCAGGCAGAAGAGAGCACGGAUUCUGGACACAGAGUGCACAUCCCUGCACAUGCCCUCCAGAGAAGCAAGAGGAACGUCUCUCAUAGCACUGUGCACAUUACAUUGGCUGUACUCAACAGCUCUCUAUUCAGGCUUGGUCCAGUUCGAGGCUUUAGAUCAGGGGAGGUCCUGGGGCAGUCUGUGCUGGCUGUGAGGGUGGGGGACCACGGUGUGAGUGACCUUGACCAGCCUGUCAGAAUCGCCUUCAGAAACACAAAUGUGACUGAGAGAGGGACUUGUGUUUUCUGGAAGGACUCAGAAAAUAAUAAUGGCGAAGGGGACUGGAGCUCAGAGGGUUGUAUUACAAGCCUCAUUCAUGGAGAGUUUGUGUGCAGCUGCAACCAUCUCAGCUUCUUUGCAGUGCUUGUGAACUCAAAGUUGUCUGUAGACCCUGUGAAUGCUGCCAACCUAGGCUACAUCUCCUACAUUGGUUCAUCAUUCACUGUAGUUUUCACAACAGCAACCCUUGUCAUGUACAUAUGUCUUAGGAAGGGGCGUUCUGAACAGUCAAUAGGUAUUCAUGUGCAGCUGACAGGAGCACUCCUGUUUCUGCACCUCUCCUACCUCUUGAGCGAGUGGUGGGUGUGGCAUGAGGCUGAUGGGGCUGAGGGACGUGUCUGUCUGGCCUUUGGGUUGAUACUGCACUGGGCUCUCCUGUCCACCUUCACCUGGUUGGCUAUUGAAGGCUUCCAUCUCUACAUGCUGUUAGUCCGCAUCUUCAACAUCUAUAUCAGCAAAUACCUGCUCAAACUGAGCCUGGUUGGAUGGGGCAUACCCACUGCGACUGUGGUAGCCUGUGGUUUCUCAGGAGUCUACGGCAGACAUAGUUUCUACAUGAAGGGUGACAAUAAUGGCUCAUCAACAGACAUAUGUUGGAUAAGCAGUGCUACAGACAGCCCUGGAGUGGUGGUCAGCUACGUCACAGUGAGUGGAUACUUGGGCCUGGUCUUCCUCUUCAACACAGCCAUGCUAGGUGUGGUGGUGGUGAAGCUAUGGGGGAAGAGAGGGAAGGGUAGGAUGUGGAAGGACUGGGCCACGGUCCUGGGGCUCAGCUGUGUGCUAGGAGUACCAUGGGGGCUGGCGUUCUGCACCUACGGCCCCCUUUCUCUCCCUGGACUGUACCUCUUCAGUAUAUUCAACUGCUUCCAGGGUGUCUUCUUGUUCCUGUGGUUUCUUGUCCUUUCACGUAAGGGCCGCCCAGAGCGCUCCUCUGUGAAAGACCUUUCCAGUCAAAAGAUGAUGGAGACAAACCUCAACUGAUACUGUGGGACGUGCAACACAUUCCAGAAUACUUUAAAUAGUGUUUGCAGACCAUGUCCCAUUCAACCCAUACAGU